AUGCAACAGUUGAUCCUACACCGACGUGAAAGUGGGCUGAAUGAAGAAGACAAAAAAAACAGGGCUUUAGAGUUAUAUAACUCGUUAGAAGGUGGAAAAUUCAACUUCUUGCAUGGUUGGGUUGAAUUGCGUGAUCAAGAAAAAUGGAUCAGUCAACGAGAAAGACCUCUGGAGGUUGUUGAUCUAGUAGAAGAUAGGGGGUCAAAGAGGACAAAAAAUGAUGGCUCGGGCCAAUAUACCUCAUCAUCCUCAAAUACAAACACGUCGACCCCCGAGCUAACGUCGACUGCUCGUCCAAUGGGAAGGAAAGCUUCAAAGGAUAAAGGUAAACAAAAAUCUAUAUCAACUAACUCUAUCGACCGUAUCGAAGAGGCGAUGAAAGAACAAUUCAAUCUUGAUGCUGAAAAAAUAGAAGCAAUGAACAAAUAUACGGAAGCUAUAAAAGAACGAGAGAGAAAGAAAGAAGAACGGGAGAAGAUGAAAGAUCAACUUAAAAAAGAAGAAUUGGCAAUCAGAUUGAUGGAAAUGGAUCCUUCAACUAUGACAGACUAA